GUCUGAGCUGUCAUGCCUGAAUCAAGGUCAUCUCUUAUUUCAGUGCGUCUUGCAUAACUUGGAAUGCCCCACUCCAAAAAAGUUUUUGCAUGCUCAUGCUUCAUUUGAUGGAGGCAGCACAUUAAUUGAAAGAACUCAACACUUGAGAACUGUUCUUCCAUUCUAGACAAUCUUACUAAAACACUUAGCCAUCCUAAGGUGAAAAACUCAACCAAAGCCAAGGUUUUGAUGCGUGCUAUGUAUGGAGUUAAGGUGGUAACUUUGUUUGUUUGUAGCAUCUUUAUGGCUGCAUUCUCAGGUUCGGCAAAGAAGUUGAGGGAUUUCCAAGUUCUCGAAAUAUGCUUGUGGGCAGAAGCUUUUAUCGAGCUACAGUUUUUUAAUGGGGUGGGACCUGUUGAAGUUGAAGCAUUCCAGAAUUCAAUCUCAGACUUGGGGAAGAAGAGUGAGAAGCUUUCUCAAGGAUUAGAUGUUCUUGCAAAGGAAGUGGAUGGCUUCUUCCAUAUUGUUUUGAUCGGAUGUGAUGCUUUGCUUUGCAACUUAAGA